CUAGACCAGAAUUCUCUGCUUCUGGGCAGAUCAUAAACAUGAUUUCGGCAAGGUCUACCGUAUUUAGGCAUGUGGGUCAGUGUCGGGGCAUUUGCAGUAGGGCGCCAUUGGUGCGGCGCGCAGUCGGCCGGCCUGGUAUAAAAGAUGGAAUCGUGCCCCUGGCGACAUGGAGAGACAUCAACAGACAGAUCAGACUGCAGAGUGGCACUGCCUUAUCGCAAGAAACGCAUACUUCUCAGUCGCCGCCGCCACCUCCAAAUACAAAUUCUUCUGCCAAGCGCCCCAUUUACAUUCGUUUACCCAUUGCCCUCGCUCUUACGCUCGUCACCUUUGCAACCGGCUUCAUCAUGGCCGGCGCCCCCGCAAUGCAAUCCCUCCAAGAACUCGCCAACCCACCGACCGACGCCGAGACGCUUGAACUCUACCAGCCUUCAAGCGAAGAACUAGCAGAGAUUGAGAAGAGCAUAUUCGAACACCCGCUCACCAAAAGCCUACUCGAAGACCCCAAGUACCUUGCCUCGCGCCCGCAUCUCAAAAUCCCAGAGCAGCUCCGCCCGCAGAAUCUCACCGGUGGAACACUCCUGGGUGAGGACAAGAUUGCAGUGCCGCCGCUGCAAUUCACAACAAGCGACGGUUCGCACUAUGUUUCGCUGCAGUACCUGGGCAGCGCGCUCUGUGGACACCCGGGUAUCGUGCAUGGAGGGCUGCUAGCGACGCUCCUUGACGAGGGCCUCGCACGCUGCUGUUUCCCCGUGCUGCCGAACAAAGUGGCUGUGACAGCUAGCCUGAAGAUCGACUACAAGGCGCCCUGCAUGGCAGGCCAGAUUGUCGUCCUCCAUGCCGAGACAACAAAAGCCGAAGGUAGAAAGGCAUGGGUCAAAGGCCGGCUGGAGACACUUCCCAAACCCGAAGACUGGCAAGAAGGCAAGAAGGAUGGAAUCGUGCUCACCCAGGCCGAAGCACUAUUUAUCGAGCCAAGGCAGGCGGCGCAGAUGAAGAGAGUGGUCAACUAGAAUGAUGAUGGAAACGAGAUGAUUAGAUGGAGACCAUGAUGUGGCGUUUGGAGGGGGGAAUUUACACGGUGGUAGGUAGUGGCAGGGUGCAUGUGCCAUGUUGCAUACAUAGAAUUUGGGACUCUAGAAUCGAACACUUGAUUUAUCUAGUUACGUCAUUCUGAUGCACGCUGGGACGACGAUGAUUCUCGCAUGCAACCCGGCCUUUAUGUUUUUUUGUAGACUUAUCAGGCACAAGCAAUAAUACUGUCUUU